GUUGAAUCAAUGCCACGUAGAAUUAAGGCAGUUCUGAAGGCGAAAGGGGGUCAAACACAGUAUUAGUAUGGUGUUCCUAAUAAUCCUUUAGGUGAGUGUGUAUUGUAACUUAAAAAAAAAAUUCUAACUUGUGUUGCGGUUGCCAGUCAGGAAUUUCCAGCAGGAUUUCAUCUCAAUCUAAGUUCAAUGUUAAACCAUAAUAACAUGGAGACCAAAUAGCUACAAAAUAUAUUAAACUAUAUCAACAUUAGUCUAAAAGGUUUGUCUAAUUUCACAAUAACUGAAUUUGAAGCUGAUAUACUAUUUAAUAUUUGCAACACAUUGCAAAUAUCCUCUAUUGCAAUGGUAUGGUAUGUUUUAGCACACUUUGUUAUUGCAAGUGUAAAGAUUUUUUUUUAUCUUGGCCUAAGGCAAUUGCUAUGUGGGUUAAACUAGUCUUCAAGUCUGUUUCCAGCAAUUUAAGAAAAAACAUGGCAACCUUGGAUAAAUCACAAUCCCCCCUUUCCAACUACAAGCGAACACACCUUACCCCUCCGUUUGUGAUCGGCAGGUGCAGAGCACACGUCUCCAAUGAGCACAUCAGAGCGCAAAGUUUGGAUGAAUUUACCAGCAUAGUAUCUUUGAAUCAUUCAAGAAACAUACUGCCUUCUUUUUUAAGCCGUCCUUUUCUCUGGAUGUCCCCUCAUGUUUCUCCACUGCAACGCCGUCUUCCAGGUGGAUCUUGGGGACUCGAAUCCUUUUCGGAGGAUUAACAGUUAGCUCCUUAAUCUCGUCUCGGGUUUCUGUAAAAGGUAAGUGUAACGUUAAAUGUAGCAAUUGCUAAGAGUCAGUGAAUGUGUUAACUUGACAGCUAACGUUAUCUAAAUUACCUAAAAUUCUGUAGCCAGAAUAAGCUAAUGUUAAGCUAACGUUAGCUAAGAAAGACAGUUAUGUCAGAUGAGUUACGUACCUUUCAGUAGGAGAACCUGGCCAUUAAACUACUCAUCUUCCCAAACAAUUGGAUAUAGAGGUUUUUUUUCAGGUCAAAGUUUUGUAUAUAAGAAAUUGGAACAAUAGCUUUAUAGCCGUCUGUGUAUUUGACAUAGGCAAACAUGGCGAAUAAUCCAAGCUUGGUUUCGCGCCGUUUGGAUGUCUCCUCGAGCCGCCUGUGUUUUUUGGGCACGAGACACAGUUUCGUAAUGUUUGCUCAGAGCUGUUUACCUUCAUUAAUGCCACUGAGGAGGCACAAAGGACGGCUGUGCACCGUGACUCUGGCAGCAGUCAUCUGACAACAAUUUUUGUAUAUUAUUACAAUGGCCUUAUUGUUGUUCUUAAAUAUAAUGUCUCUUAAUGAGUUUGAAAUGUCUGAAACACUUCACACCAAUCAUAACCUCAGCUCAUAUGAACUGUGGACUUUGACAUUCCUUCUCACAGCUGUUAUCAAAUUAUAUGUUGAAAGUUGUUAAAAAUAUCUAGAAGACCUAAAGUUAUUGAGAGUAUAUAGUAAAAAAUUUAAGCAUAAUAUUAUAACAUUUGCUGCUUGGACAAUACAUACCUGACUGAUGCUGUCUGUAAUCUUCCACCUUGUGAGGCAAUCUGAUCUUGAAAUAUCUUGAACAGGCAUAUGUUGCUUUUAAUGGUUAUUACUGGUGUUUUUACUGACAUGUAAUGUAUCCAGUAAGCACUUCAUGAUGCAAUUGAGGAGAGAUGCCACAAUUUGGAUGUUUCUUUCCACUGGCCAUUGGUUAUGUUAAAUUAAAAGCCUAAAUGUAUAUUACAAGGAUCUCAAAAGUGACAGUCAUGUGUGUAUGAAACAUUCUUUUACUGUUAAGAUGCCAAAACGAAAGUACAAAGAAUACCUGGAGCCUUGCAGUAGCUCAGAAACACCAAGAUCUAUGCUCAGAAGAAUGGGUCAGCAGAAGGCUGUAAUUGAGAAGCAGAUCUCCUCAGAUGAGGAAUUGCCACUGCAAGACAGCAACUCUUGAUAGAGGUACAAUAUAUAUACUCAACAAACAGCCAGUGCGGUGGAUGACGGGAGUGUGGUCAUAAUAAUCUUUUUUAUAAUUAACUGUCCACAUGGGCAGUUUGGCAUGCCCUGCUUUCAACUUGCCAUUGUGCUCUUAAAAGAAAAUGCAGAUUUCCAUAAAACAACAAGCAACAUAGCAAAUGAACAAACUCAAGUUUCCCAGUGUCUGUCGUUAAGCUUGUCUGCGAUCCACGAGGCUCUACUAAUGUCCAUGUCAUCUUUUUACAAGGAGGAGGACCUGUACAGUUAUUCGCAAGAAAUAAUAACUGGAGUGGAACAUAAGAGUUUGCAACUUGUGAGCGAAGAACACGCGUUGUCUUCAGAUGGAGAAGUUUCACAAGUGGGAGAACACACUGCACAUGUUGGUCAACAGCCUGUGAUAGAGGAUGAGGCCCUCUCUGAUUACUUACAUGUGACAGAUGUACCUGGAUGAGACGAUGAGAUUCGGCAUCUUGCAAAUGAGGCUUUGACUUCAUCAGAAGGUGAUGUAGAGACACUGCAAGACAGCAUUUCGUCAGAUGAAGAUUCAGAGUCGGCAGAAGAUAACAACUUGGACUAUUCAAAUGAUCCACAUAGGAAGAGAGUAAACAUGGAUAUGGACACGCCUCUGGCGGCCACAGGUACAACAUCAAGGGCUGAGGCAUUACUAAUGAUCAUGACCUAUGCUGCAAGGCAUCAAAUAACUGGAUCUGCGCUUGAUGAUUUACUCAAACUUAUCAAUCACUUAUUUGGGCAAGAUGUUGUACCAGGGUCAAAGUAUGCCUUUAACAAAGUGUUUCAAAAUAACAUAGACAAAGUCGAGUUUCAUUUUUACUGUAAGGCCUGUCAAAAGGAUGUGUUGGAGAACAGUGUUACACAGUGUUUGGGGUGUAAUUCACCAGUUGAGCCAAAAACCCUCAACAAUGGCAGCUUCUUUAUCAGUGUCCCAAUAUCUCUCCAGAUUCAGCACAUUCUUCAAACUCCAGAGCUACAGAGCCAGUUGAGCUACCGGGUGAACAGACCAGGGAAAGCAGAAAACAUUAUAUCAGACAUUUAUGACGGUGACCUGUACAAAGUCCUGUCAGAACCAGGUGAAACUUUAUCUGACCCUAACAACCUGUCAUACACAUUCAAUUCAGAUGGCUCACCUCUUUACAAAUCAUCCAAAUUUUCCAUCUGGCCCAUUCACCUUCACCUCAAUGAUCUGCCACCAAACACUAGGUUCAAACACGUGAUCUUGGCUGGAUUGUGGUUUGGAUCAACAGAGCCUCAGAUGCAUGUUUUUCUUAAGCCUUUUGUAGAUCAAGCAAAAGUGCUUGCAACCAAGGGAGUGUCGUGGAGAAAGGAUGGGAAAGUUGUCAUCAGCAAAGUUGUGGGUUUCUGCUGCUGUGUUGAUUCCAAGGCCAGACCAGCAAUGCAGAACUGUACACAGUUCAACGGGUAUUUUGGUUGUGGUUUCUGCCUCCACCCAGGCACACUUGUAAAUGGACAAGUGAAAUACACUAUCACAGAAACAGAUUACCCUGACAGAGAUGCAGAGAGCAUGUUAAAUGACAUGGAGGAAGCUGUCAUCCUACAGAAAAAUGUAAGGGGAGUAAAAGGGCCAUCUCCUUCGAUUAAUAUGCCAUGCUUUGACAUUGUGUGGGGCUUUGUCCCUGAUUAUAUGCAUGCUGUUUUGUUGGGUGUUGCAAGGCAGCAUGCAGCCCUUCUACUUCAGAGCACAGAUGAGCCAUAUUACAUUGGUGACCCAAGUACAUUGAGAGUAUUGAAUGAGAGAAUCCAAAAUAUCAAACCACCACACCUUAUCACUCGACUUCCCAGACCCAUCUCAGAUAUUAAAUACCGGAAAGCAUCAGAGUGGAGGGCUUGGCUGCUGUUUUAUAGUUUGCCAUGCCUGGAAGGACUUAUAGAUGGGAAAUACACAAAGCAUCUUUCCCUUCUUGUUUCAGCAGUCUACCUGCUUUUGCAAGAAGAAGUUAGUUUUGAGGAGGUCAACAAAGCAGAUGAGAUGCUGUUAGAAUUUGUGAUAAGAUUUCAAGCACUGUUUGGAGAGACAGCCAUGACCUCAAAUGUCCAUCUUCUCACACAUCUGGCCAAGUCUGUGAAGUUGUUGGGUACUUUACGGGCACACUCUGCCUUUGUUUUUGAAAGCGCUAACGGGAAUCUUCUUAAGUUGGUACAUGGCACAAAAGAUGUUCCCAAACAGAUUGUGGGCAAAUUUUUGCUUCACAGAUCAAUUUCCCAUUUUGCAACCAAACACAGAGUAAGUGACCGUGUUUUUGGUUUCUGUAGUCAAAUGAGUGACUACUCAAAAGUUCAGAAUUACAAAAAAAUGCCACAACACCACGGUUCUGGAUGGUGGACGAGUCAAACAUCUCACACAGGCAGAGCAACAGGCUUUUGGUGCAGCAGGACAACAGCCUCCAAAUGAAAUCCUCACACACAAGAGAAUGAUUCACCAAGCUCUUGUUUUUACCAGCCGUGAAUACAGUCGAGCAAAGAGACGCAAUGAUUGGAGCGUCAGAUUGGCUGAUGGAUCUAGGGGAGAGUUGCAUCAGAUUCUCUCUUAUGAGGUAGAUGGAAAAAGCGAACUUGCCCUGCUUUUCAUUCCAUUUUACACACUUCCAGCUGCCUUCCCACAAGAGGUGUCUGUGCCACACAUGGCCUGCGUCAGACAUGGUGAUAGAUCACAAAUGCAGCUGAUUUCAGUAGAGAGACUAUACCACAAGUGUCUUGUCAUAGAAUGUGCUGAGAAAGUGUUUGUGUGUGAUUUACCAAACACUUAUGAGAGAGAUUAAAACAUUAGUAGGCAGUAUUUGUUCACAUUAGGGACACCUUAGUGACUUGUACUGUACAUGUUAUGAAAUCUGAUUAUCUUCAUUGUCAUUAAUCUGUCUUGAUGAUUAUUUCCUCAAUUUAUUGUGUGGUCUAUAAAAUGGUCAAAUAAAAUGUUUGAAAAUCUAAAGAAGACUUCCUCAAAUAUUUUUUGUCCACAACAAAGAGGUUAAUUUUUGUUGUCGUAGAGGAAACCAGAAACUCACAUUUGAGAAGCUGGAAUCAGAGAGUUUGGACUUUUCUUUUUUUUAUAAAUGACACAAGAUGAUUAAUUGGUAUUAACAUGUGUUUGAAUAGCAGCUCCAAUCUGGAUCAUCUUGUUUUACAUUUCAGUGUUUUAUUUAUCUAUUUUGUUUUUCUGUAAAGAUAUAAGUGGGUCUUGAAUUCUUUAUAAUUUAUUGUUUGGUUAUUGACUUACUGAUGAAAUGUUUUUGAUAUAUCUUGUGUCUUUUCUUUAAGUAACGCAAGCAUAUUGUUGAAUUGCAUUGAAAUAGAUGAUAAAAAGAGGGCCAUUUAGUAUUUAAAUAGGACAUUUGAUUAUAACAUUUCAUUAUGGAUGCAGAUACAAAACCAUUAUUAUGCAUUUAAUAUGGGUAAAACAAUUCAAAGCAUGUGUAAGUAUUCACCUUUGGUCAGCAUUUAUUUUUUGCAUUCAAGUUAAUUCCUCUUUCCAGUGAGUUCUGCCUUCUUUUAGUAAAUGCUUAUCUUUCCAUCAGAUGUGACCUUUUGUCUAGUGUUCCAGUGUAAGGAAGGUUCUAUCUUAGUGUCAUUAAAGUUACAGGAAAAACAGG